AAAAGAUCAAAACUAAAUCGCGUCGGAGGAAGGAAACAAAUUGAAAAAGAGCUGAAGAAAGAAAUCAACAAAAUUCAAAGAUUCAAGACAGGACAGAAAUGGAACAUGCCAGGAAAUCAGCCCAGUUUCUGAUUUACAUCAACAACAAAAACUAACAAUUUAAUCUCAUUUUCCCUUUCUGAUUACUCUAGUGGGAUUUCCUUUUCGAUUCAAUAUUUUCUUUUUGCUGUGAAGCACAAUUCAAUGACUUCUUCGAGCUCCCUUGGGAGCUCAAUUCCGGCCCCAGAGGCCGUCCAAGUUCUCGUAUCUUCGCUCGCUGAUGAAUCUACCAUGGUGCGGGAAGCCUCCAUGGCUUCUCUUAAAGAAAUUUCUCCAUUGAAUCCUCUUCUAGUUCUGGACUGUUGCUCCGCUGUCUCUCGAGGCGGCCGUCGGAGAUUUGGUAAUAUGGCUGGAGUUUUUCAAGUAAUGGCAUUUGGAGUUCGAGCUUUAGAUAGAGACAACAUUGAUGCUUCUUAUAUUUGCAAGCUUGCCAAAAUUGCUACCGCUGAGAUUAUCUCCUCCAAGGAACUCAAUGCAGAUUGGCAGAGGGCAGCAACAAGUCUGCUUGUUGCAAUAGGCUUACACCUGCCUGACCUGAUGAUGGAAGAAAUAUUUCUUCAUUUGUCAGGGCCAAGCUCAGCCUUGCCAUCUAUGAUUCAAAUACUUGCAGACUUCGCUUCUGCUGAUGCUUUGCAGUUCACUCCACGUUUGAAAGGCGUGCUUUCCCGAGUUCUACCUAUUCUUGGAAAUGUUAGAGAUUUCCACCGACCAAUAUUUGCAAAUGCUUUUAAGUGUUGGUGUCAAGCUGUCUGGCAAUGUAACAUUGAUUUCCCUUCAAAUUCCCUGAUCGAUGGUGAUGUCAUGUCAUUUCUGAAUUCUGCUUUUGAACUUUUGUUAAGAGUCUGGGCUGCUUCCCGAGAUCUUAAGGUCCGAGUAUCUUCUGUGGAAGCAUUAGGGCAAAUGGUUGGUCUGAUCACCCGCACACAAUUAAAGACAGCUUUACCUAGACUUAUCCCUACGAUAUUGGAGUUAUAUAAAAAGGAUCAAGAUAUUGCACUUACUGCAACCUACAGUCUAUAUAAUCUCCUAAGUGUUUCCUUACUUUCAGAAACAGGCCCUCCUUUGCUUGAAUUUGAGGAACUCACAGUUAUAUUAUCAACACUCCUCCCUGUCAUCUGCAUGAAGAAUGACAGCAAAGAGCAUUCAGAUUUUUCUGUCGGACUGAAGACAUACAAUGAAGUACAACGCUGCUUUUUGACUGUUGGCUCUAUAUACCCUGAGGAUUUAUUUUCCUUUCUUCUGAAUAAAUGUAGAUUGAAGGAAGAGCCUUUAACUUUUGGCGCACUCUGUGUUUUGAAGCAUCUUUUGCCAAGGUCAUCUGAAGCUUGGCACAAUAAGAGGCCUUUACUAGUGGAUGCUGUGAAGUCCUUGCUAGAGGAGCAAAGUUUAGUCAUCCGAAAGGCUCUCUCCGAGUUAAUCGUGGUGAUGACUUCACAUUGUUACUUGGUUGGGCAAACCGCAGAGUUGUUUGUCGAAUAUCUUGUACGCCAUUGUGCUUUAUUGGAACACGAUAGAAUUGAUCUCGAAAGCUCCCAGGUGAAGGUUGGAUCAGUUUGUCCAAUUGAAUUACGAGCAAUAUGUGAAAAAGGUCUUCUUCUUCUAACUAUCACAAUUCCUGAAAUGGAGCAUGUUCUUUGGCCUUUCCUAUUGAAGAUGAUUAUUCCUCGGGCUUAUACUGGUGCAGUUGCCUUGGUGUGCAGAUGCAUUGCAGAAUUAUGCAGACAUAGAUCUUCUUAUAACAAUAACAUGUUUGAUGACUUUAAAGAUCGUACCGAGGUUCCUAAUCCUGAGGAGCUGUUUGCUCGCUUGAUGGUUCUUUUGCACAAUCCUUUAGCGAGGGAGAACCAGGCAACUCAGAUUCUGACGGUUCUCUGUUAUUUGGCACCUCUGUUUCCAAGGAACAUCAACUUGUUUUGGCAAGAUGAGAUUCCUAAAAUGAAGGCCUAUGUUAGUGACCCAGAAGAUCUAAAGCUGGAUCCUUCCUAUCAGGAGACCUGGGAUGACAUGAUAAUCAAUUUUCUUGCAGAAUCUUUGGACGUGAUUCAAGACACUGAUUGGGUGAUUUCUUUGGGAAAUGCUUUUACCAAGCAAUACACACUUUAUACGCCUGAUGAUGAACAUUCAGCACUCCUUCAUCGAUGCCUUGGUAUUCUUCUUCAGAAAGUUAAUGAUAGGGCUUAUGUUCGCGGAAAGAUUGACUGGAUGUACAAGCAAGCUAAUAUUACUAUUCCGACCAACCGGCUUGGUUUAGCCAAAGCCAUGGGAUUGGUUGCAGCAUCCCAUUUGGACACAGUGUUGGAUAAGCUGAAAAACAUUCUAGAUAAUGUUGGUCAAAGCAUAUUCCAAAGGUUUUUAGCUUUAUUCUCUGAAAGUUACAGAACAGAAGAAUCUGAUGAUGUACAUGCUGCUUUAGCUCUGAUGUAUGGAUAUGCUGCAAGAUAUGCUCCAUCGAUGGUUAUUGAGGCUAGAAUAGAUGCCCUUGUUGGUACUAACAUGCUUUCAAAGCUUCUUCACGUACGUCACCCUACAGCAAAGCAGGCUGUUAUUACUGCUAUUGAUUUACUAGGUCGUGCUGUCAUUAAUGCUGCUGAAAACGGUGCACCAUUUCCACUGAAAAGAAGAGACCAGUUGCUUGACUAUAUCUUAACUUUAAUGGGUCGAGAUGAAACUGAUGAUUUUGCUGAUUCCAGUCUUGAACUUCUGCGCACCCAGGCGCUUGCUUUGAAUGCCUGUACCACCUUGGUUUCAGUGGAGCCAAAGUUGACAAUUGAAACAAGAAAUCAUGUUAUGAAGGCCACCUUGGGUUUCUUUUCUUUACCAAAUGAUCCGAUUGAUGUUAUCAAUCCCCUUAUUGAUAACCUUAUCACUCUCCUAUGUGCCAUUCUUCUCACAAGUGGAGAGGACGGAAGAAGCCGAGCAGAGCAGCUAUUGCACAUGUUAAGACAAAUUGAUCAAUAUGUUUCUUCAUAUGUGGAUUAUCAAAGAAGAAGAGGUUGUCUUGCAGUAUAUGAGAUGCUUGUCAAGUUUCGGAUGCUCUGCGUUAGUGGCUAUUGUGCGUUAGGCUGUCGUGGGAGUUGCACGCACAGCAAGCAAAUUGACCGUACUCUACAUGGAAACUUUUCCAACUUACCAUCGGCAUUUGUGUCGCCAAGUCGUGAAGCUCUGUCUUUGGGAGAUAGAGUUAUAAUGUAUCUUCCACGAUGUGCAGACACUGAUUCUGAAGUUAGAAAAAUUUCUGCUCAGAUCCUUGAUCAACUGUUCAGCAUCUCUCUUUCUCUUCCAAAGCCUCUUGGUACUAGUGUUGAUGGUGAUAUUGAGUCAUGCUAUGGUGCUUUAUCUUCCCUUGAGGACGUAAUAGCCAUUUUAAGAAGUGAUUCUUCAAUUGACCCCUCAGAGGUUUUUAACAGAAUUGUUGCUUCUGUCUGUAUUCUUUUGACAAAGGAUGAGCUUGUAGACACCCUGCAUGGUUGCACACCAGCAAUUUGUGACAGGAUCAAGCAGUCAGCUGAAGGGGCUAUCCUAGCUGUUAUUGAGUUUGUGACGAAAAGAGGGGCUGAGCUGAGUGGAACUAAUAUUUCAAGGACUGCUCAAUCUUUGCUGUCAGCUGCUGGGCAUGUUACCGAGAAGCAAUUACGUUUAGAAGUCCUCGGAGCUAUAUCCUCUUUAUCUGAGAACACAAAUACAAAAGUUGUUUUCAAUGAAGUAUUGACUGCCGCUGCUAGGGAUAUUGUCACAAAAGAUAUAUCUAGGCUACGUGGUGGCUGGCCAAUGCAAGAUGCAUUCCAUGCAUUUUCGCAACAUAUGGUGCUGUCAGUCCCGUUCUUGGAGCAUCUGAUCUCUGUCCUUAAUCAGACUAUUGUCUCUAAAAGUGAUCCAGGAAAAGGAGAAAACCCUAGUCUUGUUUCUGAAACUCAGUUAGUAGAUGAAAUUCUGCAAGCUGCUAUUUUUGCUCUCACUGCCUUCUUCAGAGGUGGUGGUAAAGUUGGAAAGAGGGCUGUUGAACAGAGAUACUCUUCAGUUCUUGCUGCACUUAUACUGCAAUUUGGAAAUUGUCACGGUCUAGCUAGCUCUGGUCAGCAUGAACCACUACGUGCACUUUUAAAUGCAUUUCAGGCCUUUUGUGAAUGUGUUGGAGACCUUGAAAUGGGAAAGAUUUUGGCUAGAGAUAGUGAGCAAAAUGAAAAGGAAAAGUGGAUUAAUCUUAUUGGAGAUUUAGCUGGAUGCAUUUCUAUGAAGAGACCAAAAGAGGUUCAGAAUAUAUGUAAGAUUUUCACAAAAUCAUUGAACCUUCGAGAAAAUUUUCAACGGGAAGCUGCAGCUGCUGCAUUAUCAGAGUUUGUUCACUACAGUAACGGGUUUAGCUCUAUAUUGGAGGAGAUGGUGGAAGUGUUGUGCAGACAUGUCUCAGAUGAAUCUCCAACAGUUAGAUGCCUUUGCCUAAGAGGAUUGGUGAAGAUACCAUCUGUUCAUAUCUAUCAGUAUACAACUCAAGUACUGGGUGUAAUAUUAGCACUGCUUGAUGAUUUGGAUGAAUCAGUGCAAUUAACUGCAGUUUCAUGUCUACUGAUGAUUCUUGAGACAUCACCCAAAGAUGCCGUUGAACCCAUUUUACUUAAUUUGUCCGUACGGCUUCGCAAUCUACAGAUGUCUAUGAAUGCAAAGAUGCGGGCUGAUGCAUUUGCAGCAUUUGGAGCACUUAGCAACUAUGGAAUUGGGGCACAUAAAGAUGCUUUUCUUGAGCAGAUUCAUGCUACACUCCCACGCUUGAUCCUGCACCUACAUGAUGAUGACCUUGCUGUUAGACAUGCCUGCCGUAACACACUCAAGCGGUUUGCACUUUUAAUGGAGAUAGAAGGGUUGCUGGCUUUAUUCAACUCACAUAGUAUUAACUCCGACCAUCGAAGUGAUUACGAGGACUUUGUAAGAGAUUUUACGAGGCAGUUUGUGCAGUAUCUUCCCUCCAGAGUUGAUACUUACAUGGUAUCAACCAUACAGGCUUUUGAUGCACCAUGGCCAAUAAUCCAAGCAAAUGCUAUUUAUGUUUCCAGUAGCAUACUCUCGCUUUCGGAUGAUCAGAACAUUUUGGCUCUUUAUUAUGCACAGGUGUUCGGAAUGCUGGUUGGCAAGAUGAGUCGGUCAGCAGAUGCGGUUGUUAGAGCUAGAAGCUCUUCAGCUUUCGGCUUAUUACUUAAAUCAACUAAUUCAAUUUCCUGGAGAGCAGCUCGACUUGAUCGAUCAUAAUUCUUAGUCUAUGCACUUACCAGGAUUGAGUCAGAUCAUUGUGUCCGUAUGUACUUUGAGCCAUGCCCAUCUUAGAUCGAAAUAAACUAAGCAAGUUCGGUUAUAUACGGCUAGGUCAAUGUUUAAGUGUUCCAAAGAGGUGUUCUGAUUUGCUGAUGUGUGGUGGGGUUUCCUGUGAAAUGUAAUUUAAGUUGGGUUCAGUCAUUGUUUUAAUGUUCUGAGUUCUGUAAAAUUUUAUGUAACAUUAACAAUCCUAGAAUUUGCCUUUUGAGUUUGGGGGUUGUCAAUACUCUAACAAUGAGUUUUACAAGAGUUCUUAUUUUUUAUUUUUUUGGGGCAAAAAAUAUUGGAAAAUAUAAAAAAUGUUUGAUCUGGGUGGA